UACAGAUUUGCACUGAGUGAGGUUUGGAGUUUGAGAAAUUCAAACUGAAUGAUUGCACCCGAACUGAAGCCACUUUCUCAGUCUUGACACUCAGCAGACAUCGAAGGCUUUAAAAAAAGCCCCUCCUUUGCUGCCAUGACAACCAUGAACGGACUGGAACAGACCAUAUCAGCAGCUGGAAUGUCCCAGCCAGGGAAUCCUGCUACUCUACAUUCAUAUUUUUGGAAAGGGAUGCCAGAGAAAUUCUUAAAGGGAGAGCCAAAAGUCCUGGGGGUUGUGCAGAUCAUUAUUGCCAUGGUGAAUUUCAGCUUUGGAAUAAUAAUGAUGUGCACCUCAUUUCCUUUUUAUGGACCGGAUCCCUUUAUUACGUACACUGGGUACACAGUUUGGGGGUCUGUGAAGUUCAUUGUUUCAGGAUCUUUGUCAAUUGCAGCAGCAAAGAGAACUACAAAAGGACUGGUCCGAGCUAGCCUAGGAGUGAACGUCACUAGCGCUGUGUUGGCUGGAAUAGGGAUUAUACUGACUUCAAUCAGCUUGAGUGCUUUUCCAUUCCGUUAUCAUUACUGUGGCUAUUAUAAGGUGUUACCCAAUUGUCCCAUGGUAGCAUUUAUUUUAAUGGGACUAGAUGCAGUAGUGCUCAUUUUAAGCGUGCUGGAAUUCUGUAUUGCUAUAUCCCUCUCAGCCUUUGGAUGCAAAGUAAUCUGUUGUAACCCUGCUGGAGUUGUAUUCAUUAUGCCAUCAAAUUCUCACACGGCAGAAAUAGUAUCUCCUGAACAGAUGAGAGGCAACUUGAUGCCAGCAACGGAUCAACAGAAGAAUGUUCCAGAAGACUUAUAUUGA